AAUUAAAGGUGUAAUAUUGAUCCUCUCUUUCUCUAUUCUUCAAUACAAUUCCUUCCCUUUAAUUUAUUCAAAUUCAAACUCCCAAGAAAAACCUCUUAGCUUUAUAUUGACUACUAGAGAUUACAAAUAGUCUCUAUACUAUUCUUCUUCACAUUUCUACUUUUAUGUUCUUAUCCCUAUAACUCCCUAUAUACCUUUUUUCUUUAACAAAAAGCCUAUUUCUGAACCCUCCCUUUUUAUACACAUGAAUACAUGCAAAUCAUAAGGUACUCAUGAUAUAAUCACAACACACAAACCUUUUAACCUUUGAUUCAAUUUUCUCUCUUUUCAAGAAAAUUAAAAACUUCCCUUUUUUCAGUUCAAAAAAUCGUUAUGACGAAGGAUACACUACUUUCAACGGUCCCUGAUCUUUCUUUACAGAUCAGCUUACCGUCAUGUAUUUUAAAAAGUGAUCAGUUUAAAGAAGCGUUGAGAUUCGAUUCCAGGACAGAUUCAGGUAGUAGUGCUAGUGGAGGAAGUGAUUUGAGCCAUGAAACUACCGUUUUUUUACAUCCUGAGAUUAAAAAAACGUUUAAUCUUCCUUUAAUUCCGACUUUUGAACCAACCCUAAGUUUAGGGUUCGCACAAGUACCAAUAGGUACACAUUUUCAAUAUCAUCAGCAACAUCAUGGGCAUUAUCAGCCACAGAUAUACGGGCGCGAGUUCAAGAGAAGUUCAAGAUUGAUUAGUGGAGUGAAAAGAAGCGUUAGAGCUCCGAGAAUGAGAUGGACUUCAACUCUUCAUGCUCAUUUUGUUCAUGCCGUUCAACUCCUAGGUGGACACGAACGAGCAACACCAAAAUCCGUGCUAGAGUUGAUGAAUGUGAAAGAUCUAACCUUAGCUCAUGUGAAGAGUCACUUACAGAUGUAUAGAACAGUGAAGAGCACUGACAAAUCUACAGCUAAAGGGCAGGGAGAAAUUAAUGUAUUUUUGAACCAAAACAAUGGGAUUAAUAAUGGUGAAUAUGAAAAAUCUUGUGAGGAGAUUGAUGCAUUAUCACAACCAAGUACCAUAUCACAAAAUAUGGCUCAUAUGAGGGAUCCUUCAUCAUUCAUGCCUUAUCAGACAAAUGUAUGGAGCCACUCAAAUAGAGAAAGGACAUUUGCUAAUUAUCCUCACAUAUACACAAACAUGGAUGGAAUUGAGACAGCCAAUAACUCAUCUUCAAAUGAUACAUUGCUUGAUCUUGAAUUUACACUAGGAAGACCAAGCUGGAAAAUGGGACAAGCUGGAUCAUCCUCAAAUGAUUUGACUCUUCUCAAGUGUUAAAUAAUUUGAUUUAUGUAGAGUAAUUAUAAUUAAUUAAGUUAACCUAGUUAUUAGUUAUAGCUUCUUCUUUUUUUUAUGUACGUGACUGCAGGAAUAUGGUUCAAUUUUGUCUUGACCAAAAAAGGUUUAAGCUUACUAUCGAUGAAAGCACCAAUGUAACAAACCUGAAUUGCUCAGUAUAUGAUAAGAGAAUUGAAAUGCGAUUGCAAUUUUAGAA